AUGCUGACUGUACCGAGGAUUGCCAAGUCAGAGAGCUCAUUUACCGGAGUCAACACCCUGAUACGAGAAUACUACGGAAGAACUACCACAGAAAAACUGGGAACUGAAGAUGUCUAUACAGAGCCGAGUUGGAUCAGCGAUCCAAUUGUGGACUCAUCCAAACACACGGAAAGAGUGCAUACCACCGUUGAAUAUAGAACAAGCGCUAAACUAAUAAAUAUUUCGGAUGAUCCACAACUCAAACCGCCAGUGGAGUCAGUCCAAUUCGCUGCCAAACCUGAGGGUCUAAGAGUUACUCCUUUACCUCUCGUGGGGUCAGACCAUGAACUAUUUUUCAACGUCACUUGGGAUCCACCUAAAGAGCCUACAGUGAUGGCGUACUCCCUAGAGGUGCAUAGUGAUACAAACACUGUGGACUGCAAUAUGGUAAACUUCUGUUAUGAAGCGAACAUCCCUGGGGACUCCCUCUGGAGUGUGAUCCCCUCAUCACCCAGCAUAGACGCGGACGGCUGCGCCCUGAGACCGGGCUGCGCGUACCUGGUCAAACUCAUCCCCGUCCCAGGAGAUGUGACCACUGCAGCCGAGUUGCGAGUGGAACUUGAUGAGUGCGUAGAAGGCGUAUGCUCAUGUGGACACUCUCCCCGCCUGCCCACGCCACUGGUGGCAGCCAACACUAUGUCCAUACACGGGGACAUAUUUGUCAAUGUCAGCUGGUCACUCCCUCUGCCCACGGAACCACUGCGGCUACCACCACGACUGAUGAAGCGGUACUACUAUGUCAGUUUAGCCAAAGAAAUAAUCAGUGGCCAUGAUUACCCACAUAUCAUAGUCACACGACGUUAUGACGCGUAUGGAUUCGUCGUCAUACCGGACUUCUCACAAUGGCGGUUGCUACCGAUCACCGACCGGAGCGUCGAGCGGGGCGGCGAGCGUAGCGGCGAGCGGAGCGGGCAGAAAGUUGGCGCCGCACGAGGCAUAGUGCUUGAUGUGAAAUUAAAAGCUCGAGUCAGCUUGGUGGAUGAACGCGGAUGCAUGGGACCAACGGGAAACGCUACCGCCUAUGAUCCCUUUGAACAACGAAACGAAAUCCCAGACCCAGUACCGGGUUUUCAAUUUCAAGCUCUCUGGGCGGUAUUCGGCGGCGCCUGCGUGCUAGCAAUGGUCGUGAUACUAGCCUUCAGUGCGCGGGCGGUGAAGCGAGUGCUGAAGGAAUUUCGUCCCGCGCCCGCGUCCGCUUCGCUCCAGCCACUCAGACCACGCCCGAAUUGGUUUGCGCUGGACACUAACGGCGAGCCUUCCGCCCUGCACCGAGUGCAGGAAAGCCCACUUUAUAUUCAUAAAGAGUUCAAAGCAGAAGGUGUGAAGACUGAUGAAUGGGAAGUGAGUCCGGCGCGGGUUCACAUGGGUCCACUGAUCGGCAGCGGCGCGUUCGGCAGGGUGCACGUGGCGCAACUAGACGUGCCAGGGGGAGAGACUAUCACGGUCGCCGCUAAGAUGUUGUCUGAUGACGCAAGCGAGGAAGAGAUGCAAGAUUUCAUGCGCGAGAUCGCCAUGUUGAAACACGUGGGGUACCACAAACACGUGAUCCGUCUCGUGGCUUGCUGUACCUUGAGACCACCACUCCUAGCUUUAUUAGAGCAUGCGCCGAGAGGGGAUCUUCUGUCACUAUUACGAAGAGCAAGAGGGAAAAGGAACAUAGAUGUCCAGAGAAUACAGGAGGUGGUGUCAGAUCCAGAGGGAAAUGGACGACCUUCAGAGGCUGACACUGAAUACACAAACCUGAGCGACUCAGACCCAGAGCAAGUCCUCUCGUGUGGAAGCAUCGAGAACAAAUUGUACAUGAACGCUGACCAGAGCUCGAAGGACCACUACGUGGCUGAACCGGCUCUACAGCUGGACGGCGCCACCAUGAGGGAGUACGCCCUGCAGGUAGCCCUGGGCAUGCGGCAUUUAGAAGCCAGGGGAAUUACACAUAGGGACCUAGCAGCCCGGAAUAUCCUGGUAGACGGCGCUGGACUGCUGAAGGUGGCAGACUUCGGCCUCUCCAGGUCAGGAGUGUACGUCAUCCACUCCAAGUCCAAGCCGGUUCCACUCCGCUGGUUGGCGCCUGAGGCUAUCUUCAAUGCUAAAUACUGCAGUGCCAGCGAUGUGUGGGCUUUCGCAGUACUGCUGUGGGAGAUUGCCACUUUAGGUGGAUUCCCUUAUGCAGACCUGAGUAACCAACACAUCCCGCAAUUCCUCACAACCGGGGGCAGACUACCGAAACCGAUUCGAGCUUCCCCGAGUCUCUAUCAACUCAUGACCGAAUGUUGGUCAGACAAUGCCCAAGAUCGGCCAACGUUUGCAAAAAUAGUGGACAAACUCACAGUCCAAAUACAGCUAUACGUCGACCUUGACUGCGUAUUCCCUCCAAUAGAAGAUAGAUUGACAAGUGAUUUCGAAUUCACAGACAACGACCAUAUAGAUCGGUGACCUAUUUCUCCAAGACUGAAUAGUUUUAUUGUUGCUAGUACAUAUUCCCACUGUUUUUAGUAAUUAUUAAAUACAUUUAAAUGGUAAA